AUGGCGACCCGCGGCAAGCCGAGCGUGUUCGCGGCCCUGAGCCAGCUGCGCGUGAGCGAGGACUUUGACUCGGACAACGACAGCGCCGAGGAGCGGCAGCAGGAGCGCAAGGAGAAGCAGAAGCAGAAGAAGAAGUCGCGCAACAAGAAGAAGAACAGCGACUCGGCGCAGCUGAAGGACCUGGCGUUCGUGUCGGUGUCCAAGCCCAAGAAGAGCAAGGGCAAGAAGAAGGCGGGCGCCGGCGCCGCGCAGACACCACCCGGAUCGCCGGUGGAGGAGAUGCAGCCAGUGGCUAGCGAGGAGAAGGUGCCCGAGGUUGCAGAGCCCAAGCGCUCGCUGGCGGACAUGAUCAAGGCGGCGCCGCCGCCGCAGCAGAAGACUACCCCAGUCCCCAAUGGAAUCGAGAAGAAGCCCCAGCCAGCAGCACCUCAGCAGCAGCAACAACAAGAGAAGAAGCUCGCGUCUCCUCCGAAGCAGCAGCAGCAGCCCCAGCAGAAGCAACCACAACAGAAGCAGCAGCAACAACAAAACGUAGGUCCGCCACCGGCGCCCGCCACAGCUAGCGCACCGCCGUCUUCGUCGGAGGCGGAGCUGGGUGCCGUGUACACUCCGGCGCACAUCACGAUCACGCGCGUGGACGGCCAGAUGAAGCGCACUGUGGCGGUGACGGAGGUGAUGGACCAGCUCCUGCGCUACACGCAGCAGAACGCGCAGCUUCUAAUGGUGCAGGAGCAACUGGGGCACGCAAACCGCAGUCUCCAGGACCAAUUGCAGCGCAGCGCAGAGAUUAUCAACGGUCUUCAGAACGAAGUGACCAUGUUCCGGCAGAUGUGUCUGAACCUGCAGGCGGAGGUGUCGUUGCUGCGCUCCAAUGUCCCCGCCCCAGAUGCCGCCGGCAGCAGCAGCAGCAAUCCCCAGCCGCAGCAUCACCACCGCGCGCCGCCUGGCAUGUCCUGA